AUGUCUUCCUCCAAAACUAUAGAGUUGACUGACUUAGAGAUACCGCAACUUAUCGAUGUGAAAAAACAACUCGAGGCGGAAUUGGCACAUUUAUCUACAUCUUAUGGUCAACUCAAACAAGCCCAGAAUCGUUUUCAAGACUGCAUCGAGUCCGUUGGAGAGAUUCGUGACAGCAAACCCGGGAAAGGGAUUCUUGUUCCAUUGACCGAAUCUAUAUCCUAUUUUAUGUACAUUGAGAAAGUCAUUGUUGAUGUUGGGACUGGUUACUACAUCGAGAAGGAUAUCCCAGAUGCAAUAAAGUUUUACGUCGAAAAGGUUGACUAUGUGAAGAAAAAUCUCGAGACUCUGGAUCAGACAAUAACAAUAAAGCAGAACAAUUUACAAGCCACGAUUGAAGUAAUGCAAAUGAAGAUUUCACUUAUGGCAAAUGCCAAACCAUCCUCUUCCAAAUAA